AUGGCAGCAAACACGAAGACGAGCAGGAGGAAGGUAAGGCGGAGGAAGCAGCUGAGGUCUGCUUCUUGUGAAGCAAAGCUUUGCCAGCCUCCUUUGCCCUUAGAGCUCUCCAACUGCCCAGCUUCCGUCACCAUGUCGGACAAAGUCCUUAGCAUGGAGGAUGUUGCCAAGCACAACACCAAGGAAGAUUGCUGGGUCGUUCUCUACGGCAAGGCUUACGACCUGACGAAGUUUGCGAAGGUCCACCCCGGUGGGGCCAAGCUCAUCACGGAUGCAGCGGGCAUGGAUGCCACUGCCCUCUUCGACCCAAUUCACCCCAAGGAUAUCAUGGACAAGCUCCUGAAGCCAUCACUGACCAUGGGCGUCGUUGAUGCGGCGACGAUCAAGCCAGAGCAUGUUGCGAAGGCGCCGGAGCCUCAUAAGCCAGCACCCAAGAAGAAGAAGGCCGCAUCGUCGGAGGUGGAAGAGGAGGUCGAAUUCAAGAAGCCACCUUUGAAUGCCAUGUUGAACAGCUUCGACUUCGAGAGCGUGGCCCGUGAGGUCAUGGAGCCGCAGGCCUGGGGAUACUACUCCUCAGGUGGUGAUGACGAGAUCACGCUACGGGAUAACCACUUGGCCUUCCAGCGCAUCACCAUGCGCCCAAGGAUCCUGGUGAACGUGCGGGAGAUCGACAUGACGACGCAGAUUCUGGGAGUGCCGGCUUCCGUGCCCUUGUACUUCACGGCCACGGCGUUGGCCAAAUUGGCUCACCAGGACGGGGAGCUGGCGAUCGUGAAGGCAGCCAAGAAGGCCGGAGUUCCCUACAUGCUCCCCACACUUUCCUCCUACACUUUGGACGAGAUGCUCGAGGCCAGGUCACCGGAGCAGCAGGUCUUCUCCCAGCUCUACGUGAACCCGGAGCGCUCGAGGUCCGAAGAGUACGUGAAGAAGCUGGAGGAUGCUGGCGUGAAGGCGCUCUUCGUGACGGUGGAUGCCCCCCAGCUGGGCCGCCGUGAGAAGGACAUGAGGAACAAGUUCACCCAGCAGGGCUCGGAUGUCCAGGGCGACGAUGAGGAGGAUGGUGCUGUGGACCGUUCCCAGGGUGCCACUCGCGCCAUCAGCAGCUACAUCGACCCUGGCCUCAACUGGGAGGACGUGCCCUGGCUCAAGAGCAUCACAAAGAUGAAGGUGCUGUUGAAGGGCGUGCAGUGCGCGGAAGAUGCCGUGUCUGCUUACAAGGCCGGUCUGGCUGGUUGCGUUCUCUCCAACCAUGGUGGUAGGCAGCUGGACACCUGUCGCCCUGGCAUCGAGGUGCUCCCCGAGGUCAUGGAGGGCCUCAAAGAGGCAGGUGCUACCAAGGAGAACUUCGCCGUCUUCAUCGACGGUGGCGUCCGCCGCGGCGGCGACAUCUUCAAGGCCGUGGCUUUGGGGGCACAGGCAGUGGGUGUGGGCCGCCCGGUCCUCUACUCCCUGGCUUCCUAUGGCAUGAACGGCAUUGUCCGCAUGGUGCACAUGCUGCAAGAUGAGCUCCAGAUGGUGAUGCGCCUUUCCGGCACACCCAACAUCCCAAGCAUUACCGAGAAGCACGUGAUCAUCACCAAUCUGGCCGACCACAUCGUGCCGCUCCCCACCGACUUCCUUGUCCAGCGCACCUACCAGGGCCUUGAGCCCGCCGCCAAGCUCUGA